UAUGUGCGUGUGUAUGUGUGUGCGCGUGUACCGUACGCGUACUGUACGUCGCUGAACCUCGCGUCGUCGUGGUGUUGGUCGCCAGUCGAGAUCGCGGUCGACUUCAGGUAGUCGAGUUGAGAUAUAGCUCUCGCGGAGCUGACGGAGCAGCCGAGUGAACCGAGCGUGGUUCGUUCGAGGCGCGCGAUUUAUUGAUAAUAAAGACUGGCAGCUGCUGCAGUCACCUCCGUGUCGAAAGCUCCCAAAAGGAGCCGAAAGAGGCGACGUAAACGGGACAGUUAGCGGAGAGAGGGUACCCCGAGUGUGCGUAUGCUGCAAAAUCUGGAGAGGACUUGGCGAAUGGGGGCACGGCAGGUUGACGUAUGAAUGGUGUCGGGGUCACCGCGGGGACGCACGCCACGUACGUGAAUCCACUUGACAAGAUGUCAACGACCACCGAUGUCAGCGACUUGGCGGUGGAUCUCCCCAAGGAGGGGACGCCGAUCUUCCUGCAGACCCGCGCAGCCUGGGCCAUCGCCGGGGUGUUUAUGGCUGUAGCGCUUUUCUUCACUUGCCAACAGAUUUAUCAGCAUCUGAGGUGGUACACAAAUCCUACGGAGCAGAGAUGGAUAGUGCGAAUUUUGUUCAUCGUGCCCAUUUACGCCAUCUACUCCUGGAUCUCGCUGUUGUUCUUCAACAGCGAGAGCUACUACGUUUACUUCUUCACGGUGCGGGACUGUUAUGAGGCAUUUGUUAUAUAUAAUUUCCUGUCACUAUGCUACGAGUACCUAGGUGGUGAGGGCAACAUCAUGUCCGAAAUCAGGGGCAAGCCGAUACGCUCCAGUUGCCUGUAUGGUACCUGUUGCCUGGUUGGAAAAACUUAUACCAUCGGAUUUCUAAGAUUCUGCAAGCAAGCCACUUUACAGUUCUGCUUGGUUAAACCAGUGAUGGCGUUUGUCAUCAUAUUUCUGCAAGCCUUCGGUCAUUACAGAGACGGAGAUUGGUCACCCGACGGUGGCUACAUUUACAUCACGAUAAUUUACAACAUCAGUGUAUCGCUUGCACUUUAUGGGUUGUUUUUGUUCUACUUCGCUACGAGAGACCUGCUGACGCCGUUUGAGCCUGUGCUCAAGUUUUGUACAGUCAAGAGCGUCAUCUUUUUGUCAUUCUGGCAAGGAGUACUGUUAGCUAUCUUGGAGAAAGCAAAUGUCAUUUCACCCGUUAUAAACAGUCUGGGUCAAUCAACGAGUGCUGGCACAGUUUCCGCUGGUUACCAAAAUUUCCUCAUUUGUAUCGAAAUGUUAUUCGCUGCUAUAGCUUUACGUUACGCGUUCCCGUAUCAAGUAUACGCAGCUGGAUGUGUUACCGACUCCAGGGGUAGAAGCGUGACGAUGCAAAGUAUUAGUAGCAGUUUGAAAGAAACGAUGAAUCCAAAAGACAUUAUGACCGAUGCCAUCCAUAAUUUCCAUCCACAAUAUCAGCAGUAUACUCAAUAUAGCGCAGGGGGCCCAAAAGGACAACGUGGUAUGCGAGUAUCCAGCUUCGAUCCGGAUGAUCCGCAAAACAUGCCGGUACCACCACCUCAAAGGCGAAACACCUCUCACCAGCGUGUCGCAACGAUUUCGCAAAAUUAUAACGAGAAAACGAUGUUGCUGAGCAGCGACGAUGAAUUUCAAUAAGGCACGGACGUCGUUCGGGGAAAUGUGAUUUACGCUCGAGAAUCGUAUCGACAAAUAUUACAACUCGAAACUUCCAUAAAUUUUUAGAAAUCUGCUUUCGAAGAGGAGGAGGAUGCAAGAGAAAAACGAUAUGUUUUAAGGAAUUCGCAUGAAGCGAAUUUAAUUAAAUAAGAACUUUCUUGCAGACCUUAAGAAAGGGAAAAAGGGACAUUGCGCAGGGCAUAAAAGCGCAUUACGUUUCACUGUAAUAGUUCCAUAAUGUUACAUCCAUGUUAAUAUAUGUAUUAUGUUAUAACAUACGAGUAAAGAAAUAGUAUAGAAGAUAUUUAUUUUACUAUGCUGAACAGUUUGAGGCAGUGUUAUUCGUACACCCGUGGCUCUACUACGACACUGCAAGAAGUAUUAAGUGCACGAUAAUGCUUGCUCUUCGUAAUAAAUAAGAAAAAAGUAAUUGUAUAGUACUUAAUUUCACGCGCGAUAUCGCACUUUCUCAAAGUACUGGUCGUACGUAAGCAUCGACACUUGUUUACACUUUUGUAUCUGUUUUUAUUUACGCGUUUGCAUUUAGUGGACUUUGAUUUUUACAAUUUCGCAUUCGUGCUUAUUGGAAGCCUCGCGAGCCACAGGAAUAUUUGCGUCCUUCCGCAAAAUCAUUCUCUUUCCUUGAUUUCUUACGAAAUGUACGUGUAUAUAUCACCGAGGUAGAUUAGAUCUGAAAAUGCGGAGAAGUUGAAGCGAGUUUUCCUUCUCGACGGAAGCCUUUCGAUAUAAAAGAAAAAAAAACAAAAAGAUACAUAACAAUAUUAUAUGCGCGAGAAAAAGACGAUCGAUGAGCAUGGUGUCAGAUAUAAACAUUUGGUAUUCGGUGUCUUAUGUGUACAACUGUGUAUAAUCCUCAAUAUUUUUUUUAAAAGCAUAAGAGACGAGCCAAGCUAACAAAGAUCUAUUUUAUAUGACAGCACAGUGUGCCGAAAUCUUUCGUCGCCAUUUAAGAACGAAGUGAACGUGUAAAUCUGUAAACAAAUUUUAUUGUCCUAUUACAUCUCGUAAUAAAGAUAAGACACAACUACAUGAA